AUGCCCAGCUGCACACACGCGCAGCGGCGCUGUUUGGGGGCGUGCAGAAAGGCGCCAAACAAAGUAGCGUUUACCGGAUAAGCGUGAACACGGCUGUUUGUUGUUUUUACCCCCCCCGCCCCCAGCCCCCCCUUAAAUGGAAAUAUUUCCGCUGGCGGAGUGCGGCGUUUAGCCCGUGUGUUGUGGAAAAGAGGGCUCCGGCGUUCUGCAAACACCGCCCCCCCCCCCUCCUCACCCCACGACCACCGGACUCAUUUGCUGUGGAUAUUACGGGAAGUUUUUUUGGUGUGUGUGUGUUUGUUUUUGACGUCUAACUUUUCGGGAAAAACGUGAGACGCUGAACCGGCGAGCCCGGGCUUCGGUUGGACACGCGGGCUCCGCGCGCCCGCCGCGACGCUGUCCGGCUCCCCGAAAUGUGAGCCGCUGCACCGAAGUCCGUACAUGACAAACCCGCUGCCCCCAGCUGUUUCCCCGCGCCCCCCGCUCCAACCCGCCGUUCAACUGUUCUAAAACCAAGUAUUUCCCCCCUCUCACCCCCUCGGAUUGGAUAUGCGAAGCAAACUUUUUGACAAUGAAGAGGAGAAAAUUCCCGUAGCACGUCUCUGUCGUCCAUCGCCGCCGCCGCGCGCGCUCAACGGGACCCGCGUGAGUGCUCCGCUCCGUCCCUUCCGAGCCUUCCCUUCCACGUCGCGGAGACGGCACAGUUGACAUGCGUCUGGGAGGGGGGGUGUAACCGCGGGGAGGCACGGUUGCGAAAUCGCCCGAUUAGCUGAUAGUGAAUGAUUGCAAUAGGUUCCCGGGCGCAGGUAAGGGAGCCCUCGUCCGCCCGCUCGCGCAACCUCAGCUCCGCCGCUCGAGCCACUUCGGGGAUCCGUCUUCAGUACUUUUGUGUGCGCGGGGAGUCGGCGGCGCCCCAAACCCCGGAGCCGCUAUGGAGGAGUGGAGACAAUGCGGGCGGUGGUUGAUAGACUGCAAGGUCCUGCCCCAGAACCACCGGGUCGUGUGGCCCUCGGCGGCCGUCUUCGACCUGGCGCAGGCGCUGCGAGACGGGGUGCUGCUGUGCCAGAUGUUGCACAACCUCUCGCCGGGUUCGGUGGACCUGAAGGAGAUCAAUUUCAGACCCCAGAUGUCACAGUUCCUGUGUCUGAAGAACAUCCGGACGUUUCUCAAGGUGUGCCACGACAAGUUUGGCCUGCGCAACAGCGAGCUGUUCGACCCCUUUGACCUCUUCGACGUCAGGGACUUCGGCAAGGUAAUCUCGGCUGUGUCACGGAUCUCCCACCACAGCAUCGCACAAAUCAAAGGCAUCAGGCCCUUUCCGUCAGAGGACACCGCUCUGAAUGAGGAUGAUGUGUACAGGAGCCUUGAAGAGCUGGCAGACGAGCAUGACUUGGGUGAGGAUGACAUCUACGACUGCGUGCCGUGUGAGGACGAUGGGGACGACAUCUAUGAGGACAUCAUUAAGGUGGAAGUACGACAACCCAUGAUCAGAUACAUGCAGAAAAUGGGCAUGACGGAAGACGACAAGAGGAAUUGCUGCUUGGUGGAGAUCCAGGAGACGGAAGCAAAGUACUACAAGACUUUGGAGGACAUCGAGAAGAGUUACAUGAUCCCGUUGAAGCAAGUCAUGAGUCCACAGGACAUGGAGGCCAUCUUUGUCAACCUGGAGGAUGUAAUAAAAGUCCACUUUGCCCUCCUGCGAGCCAUUGACCUGAACAUGGUCAGUGGAGGAAGCGGCCUGGGGAAGAUCUUUCUCGACUUCAAGGAAAGGCUGUUGAUCUACGGUCAGUACUGCAGCCACAUGGAGAACGCGCAGAAGACACUGGAUGAGCUAAUAGCAACACGAGAGGACGUCAAGAUUAAAGUCGAGGAGUGCACCAUGAAAGUUCAGGAUGGGAAGUUCAAGCUGCAGGAUCUUCUGGUGGUCCCAAUGCAGAGGGUGCUGAAGUAUCACCUUCUGCUGAAGGAACUUUUAAGUCAUUCAGUGGACCGACCAGAGAGACAACAACUCAAGGAGGCUCUGGAGGCUAUGCAGGACCUGGCAAUGUACAUCAACGAAGUCAAGAGGGACAACGAGACGCUGAAGAAAAUCAGCGAAUUCCAAAGUUCCAUAGAAAACCUUCAGCAGGUGAAACUGGAGGAGUACGGGAGGCCAAAGAUAGAUGGAGAGCUGAAAGUGUCCUCCAUCGUCAACCGAACAAAACAGGACCGGUAUAUAUUCCUGUUUGAUAAAGUGGUCAUUGUCUGCAAGAGGAAAGGUUACUGCUAUGAGCUCAAAGAAAUUAUCGAGCUGCAGUCGUAUAAAAUGUCCGACGACCCCAUGAACAACAGAGACGUGAAAAAGUCGAGUGGAAAAAUGUGGUCGUACGGUUUCUACCUGAUCCAUCUGCAAGGGAAGCAGGGCUUCCAGUUCUUUUGUAAAACUGAGGAGACAAAGAGGAAGUGGAUGGAGCAGUUUGAAAUGGCCAUGUCCAACAUCAAACCAGAGAGAGCCACGGCCAAUCAGCAUAACUUCCAAAUGCACACGUUUGAUAAGAACACCAACUGUCGCGCCUGCAAAAUGCUCUUGAGGGGCAUCUUCUACCAGGGCUACUACUGCUCUCGCUGUGGAACAGGAGCACACAAAGAGUGCCUGGAAGUCAUCACCAUCUGUAAAAUCAAUCCUCAUGACUCGGAGCCUGGAAUGUCAUCAGGUCCCAAGAUGGUGGCAGUGAGGAACUACCACGGCACACCAGCACCGAUAGGCAAGGCGGCGCUCAGCUUUCAGACGGGAGAGUUUAUCGAGCUUCUGAAGGGAGACCCUGACACCACGUGGUGGGAGGGAAAGCUGAUACAAACACAAAAGAGUGGCUUCUUCCCCAGUUCCUGUGUAAAACCCUGUUUGGACCCGAAGCCCUUUCAGACACUAUCGGGCCGGCAGUGCUCAAGGGAAUCAGACUACUAUGGAUAUCCUUGGUUCGCAGGGAACAUGGAGCGCCAGCAGGCCGAUAACCUUUUAAAAUCUCACAGCAGCGGGACGUACCUUAUCAGAGAGAGGACGGCUGAGGCGGAGAGGUUUGCCAUCAGCAUCAAAUUUAAUGAUGAAGUAAAACACAUCAAAGUCGUUGAAAAAGACAGCUGGAUUCACAUCACUGAAGCCAAGAAGUUUGAGAGUCUUUUGGAGCUGGUGGAGUACUACCAGGCCCAUUCCCUGAAAGAAAGCUUCAAGUUGUUAGACACCACAUUGCGAUACCCCUACAAAUCAAGAGAGCGCUCUCUAACGCGGGCCAGUACACGCUCACCAGCAGCCACCUGCGCCUCCUACAACUUCUCCUUCCUCAGUCCGCAGGGCCUCAACUUCUCUUCCCAAAGUUCCGCUCCAUUUUGGUCAGUGUUCACGCCCCGGGCGGUCAGCACGGCCAUUGCCAGGUAUAACUUUGCUGCACGAGACAUGAGAGAGCUGUCGCUGCGGGAAGGAGACAUCGUCAAGAUCUACAGCAAGAUCGGUGGAGACCAGGGCUGGUGGAAGGGAGAGGCCAACGGACGAAUUGGAUGGUUUCCCUCAACCUACGUGGAUGAAGAAAGUGUUCAGUAAGGCUUGGAUGUUUGCUGAUUUGCUCGCUUGAAACCAGGAAGCAUCUUCUAUCUGCUGCUCUCAGUGAACAAUUACUCACUCCCUCUCCGGAGAAAAACACAAGGAAAAAGUGAACAUUUUUGCUGUUGUUUUUGCUGGAUGCUCAUUUUUCAGUGAGUGUUUCUACCAUGUUUCUCUAUCUUCAAUUAUGCAUCAGCUUUGCUAAUGUUUGUACAUUUAUUUUAUGUGGCAGGGCGUCCUUUUUAAUUUCUGUACAGGUAGAGUAAAAAAAAAAAAAGGCUUGCUGUUAGCCUGUGUGUGCUCUGCAGGUGCUCUAAUGAAUUGAGGACACAGAAGACACUGAGCGAGGACAGCUUGAAAAAGGCACCUUGGUUGCAGGUCCAUGCGAGAUGAAAUAAUUGUACAGUAUAGAUAAUUUAUUGAAUAGAGAUUAUUAUUACUAAUGAUUAUUGUGGGGAAGUUGAUUUUAGCAGCAGCAAGGAAUCCGAUAAGAAAAACAAAAAUAAGAAAGGAAAAAAAAAAGACAGAUGCUCUGUUUUAAUGUUGCGAGAUUUUGCCUUAGUUGUCAUGGUUAUGCCUUGUGGACUGACGCCAGUGGAGGGAAUAGACUUUGUUGACUGGUUUGACUUCUCCAUGUAUGCAUGUGCCCAUGUGCGGCCCACACCAACACACAGACCAAUGUAAAGUAUGGUGCCUUCGAAGAAUGGUCGUUGCUUACUGAACCUCAACAUCAGCCAGUAGAGAACACUGCCAUCACCAAAAAGACCGCUUGUCCACAUCCAGAGGACUUCGGCAAGACGAGGAGAGGCACUUGUACUAACCACUGGGGAUGACUCGCCUCCCCAGAAAACAACACAGGGAAGCGUCUAACUUUAAUUUUUUACUGGUGACUGGAUGGACUCACAGACACAGUCGGACGCUUUUAUAGCCAACAACACACACCGUUCACAUCCAUCUUGGCAUCAGAAGUCAAUGGGUGCAAUCAGCUGGAUGCAAAAGGGAAGCAUCAUGACAUUCCACAGGACAACCACUUUACACUUUGAAAUCAUGAGUUUAUUGUUUGAUUUUAUUUAAAUGUUUUUGCACAGAAAUACCUUUUUUAAUUCUUGCAAGAAAUGGACCAUUUAUCAUUUGAAGCCAAACUCGUCAAUGUUUUAAAUGUCUGCAUGGAAUUAGUUUGUUUUGUACUUUGCCUUAUUUUUUACAGAUUGUCAGGUGACUGGAUCCACCCCCCUCCCCUUACCCGCUGAUGUUAAUCAUUCUUCAUGUAUGUAAUUUGGUGAUGUGCAGGCUGGUCAGAAUUAAACAAUGUAAGAAGACUUUUAAUCUGAUGUCAAUUUUAUCUGCUAAUUAACUUAAAAUGACAUAAGAUGUCAUUAUUUUCUUUUGUUAGCGGUGUCAGUGUUUACUUCCUGUAAUUGUCUAAUGCCAUACAUACAGAUUAACAGACCACUUUCUGUUAAAGUAAUACAGGUAAUCAUCCAGUCUGUCAUAAUUUGAACUGAAACCUGCCACCCGAUUGGACGUAUAAUGCAGAAACUGAGCCUAUCCGCUGUAGUUGAUCAGUAAGAGUCUCACAGAGCAGAAGACGCUGCUCUGUCAUGUGUUAUUGCAGAGGCCGACCGCACCGGAAAACAAAAAGUCACAACACUGAAAGGGACGUGAAUACUCAAUGUUAUCUAUAAUGUUGGGGAGGCAAUCUAGUCACUGUUUGUGUAGUGGACAAAAUCCCAUUGCAUGUGGCUGUUGAUAUUUUAAUUAGUGUCAAUACAUCCUCCGAAAAAACAAGCACUUAAUUGUCUAUUCUUUUGAAUGGUUGAGUAUUUCCAAUUGCAGUCUAUCAUGGAAUAAAUAUUUCUUUUUGGUUUAAA